AUGGCGGAAGGAAGCUCCAGCACCGAUAUCCAGAGAAUACUCACCGCCAUUAAAUCCUCCGAGGUUGUUGAGGAUCGUAUUCAAUUGUUUACCGAUCUAGGAAUUUUGAACUUCAAGGACGUAUCUGAGUUCGAUCAUGCUUCCAUCAUGAAUUGCGUUGUAUGCAUGCUAAAUAGAAGCAUUCUACAGGUCGCUUUAAGAAAUAUAGAUCUUAACCUACCUAGUUGUUUCCUUCAAAUUCUCACUCUUGGAGUCAAGGCUAGUAUAUGGUGUGGCAAGCAUCUGAAAAUGACUCUUUUGUCGACAGAAGAAUCUCAAGAUGACGGACACAACUCUGUUUUUUACCAGCUUCUUUUGGAGAUCCUUAGGUUUUCUUCAUCAACUUUUUUAGCUUUGUUGAAAUUCACCGAUAAUAGUAACAAGGAAUUGAUGGACAAUGUUGAAACCUUCAUUAUAGAAGUGUUAAAUUUAACUAAAGAUUCUGUAUCAGAAGCCAAGAAAAUUCAAUCAUUUGGAUCAGAAAUAUUGAAGGUCUCACACAUGGUCAUUGAUGUGGUUGUAAAACUAUGCAAGGCACGUUUUGAAUUAAUAAACUGGGAGGCUUGUGAUGAAAACCACAAACCUAUUAAUGUUUGCCAUGCUAUCAACAUAACAAAAUACACUAUAGAAAAGCUGUCUCAAAUCGGUGUUCUUGCUGCAAAUGAUGGUGGAAGUUUAGUCAAUAUUCUUAGUAUCUCUUGGAAAGCCGUUGUUUCUUUGCUUCAAAUUGGUGGGGGACAUUUAACUAAAGUGAAUAUAGCAAAUAUAGUGGCAUCUUUGCUUGCAUUAAUAACUGAGCCUUUUAAGUGUGCUGCUGAGGUUUGGUCAUCAUCACUGAAUGAAACCAUUUCUGUAACUGAAGCUAAAAGAAUAUUUGUCCCAGUGAAAUUUUACCUGAUUAAUGCAGUUAAAAUAUGCUCACUGUAUCCUCAUCAGGCCUACAUAAUGUACAGGGAGAUUACUCAAUGUGUUCUCAGUAUCACUUCUUUUUGGAUUUUUGCAAGUAAUGAAAAUCUUCUGAUAAAUGCAACUGCAGUAAUUGCAGAGUUAUUGGAGGAAACAACCUUGGAUCUGGUGGUGUCUUUGAUAAAUUCUGAUAAACUAAAACUGGAACAGAAGCUUGAGUUAGUGGAAUUGCUAUUCAUUAAUAAAAGUGAUUCUCAUUCCGGCCUUGAUGAUGAUCCAGCAUUAGAUGAUUGUAACUUUACACUCAUCAACAAAGUAUUUGUAAGUAGUUGUGAAGGAAUAGACAGAUCAAGAGUACCAAUACUUGGUCGAGUUGUAUUGUUUAUUAAUUUCCUUAAAUAUUCUCUAAAGCUUGACGAAGAUAUGAAAUUAGCAAUUACUAAGAAGCUUAAUUGGUUUUUGGAAAUUUUAGUUGAGGAAAAUGUAUAUUCUCGUAUGCUUGUUUUGCAACUUCCUUUAUGCUCUGGCUCUGGAAAAGCAGUUGAACUGGUGUGGCAGCCUAUAUUUUCUCUCCUCUUGCAAGCAUUCAAAACCUUCAUGAUUGUGAUCUCUUCAAGUACAGCUUGGGGGGAGUUGGAAUCAUUCUUACUAGAGAAUUUCUUUCAUCCUCACUUCCUUUGUUGGGAGAUUGUGAUGGAAUGCUGGUGUUUCGUACUGCAACAUGCUGAAACACAAAUGGCAAACAACAUUAUUAACAAACUAUGUUCAUUACUUAAGCUGCUGGCAUCCCCCGACUCGGUUUUCCUUCCUCAUUCUUCCUUCAGGAAAUUGACAAGAUCAAUUUGCUUGCUUCUAACCUGUUGCAAAAAACCAGUGGUUGACGAGGUGUUCAUGUCUAUUGUUGGUGAUAGGAAAUCACAGAUGUCAUUAAUUUUGUGUUUGGCUCUGUUCAUUGAAGGGUUUUCGCUUGAUUUGCUUUCAGAUGAAUUGAGAAAAACUACCAUUCAAAGAAUUACAUCUGAUUAUUUUGACUUAAUCGACAGCUUUGAUGAAGCUUCAUUGAUGGCAUGUUCCUCUGGUUUGUUUGGGAUUCCAGUUUUUAUCCUUUCUGCUUCUUUGCAAUCUUCUUUGCAAUCACUCCAGGAUAGACUACCAGAGAUUGAUGCAAGGACCUUAAAGUUUUUGAUUUCAAUUAUUUCUAUCUACAAAAGUACAGUAGACAAAGAAAUAAAGGACCAUUCUCUUUGGCUUUUUGGUGAAAUUCUAGUAAUCAUUUCAUAUCUGAAACAUCUGUACAUGUCAAAUGAUAUUGAACAGGCUAUAAUGGAGAUUGAAAAUAUCUUUAUCAGUGAGCCUCCAGCCCUUUUGUACAAAUGUAAACCACAUUUGGCUCGCUUCCUCACGGGAUUUGUUGACAUGGAGUUUUUAGAAAGUGAUGACUCUGAUGCAAAGAGCCGUGCUGCAUGGAAAUUAUCUCACUUGAUCUUGACCGAGCGGCACUGGGCAUUCGCUCACUUGGCAAUAGCCGCAUUUGGACAUUUUGCUGCUAACACAACUUGCACUCAGCUAUGGCGAUUUCUUCCACAGAAUGCAGCACUUUCAUAUGACAUAGUUUCAGGAUUAGAGGCAACUAAUGAGGGAUUUAUGGCUGAGCUUAAAGCAUUUUAUAGUAAGCAAAUUGCUCUUCUGACAAUCGCACCAAGUCCUGAACAGCUUGAGCUGCUACAAAGAGAAGGUCUUAUACUAAAACAGAUGGUUCAUAACAUUUCAGUCAGUGCUGAACAGAGAGAGGGAUGUGAGGGCAUGGAAAUUGAUGACAAGAACCAAUCAAAUAGCAUGGAAGUUGAUGACAAACACCAAUCAAAUAAAAAAAGGAAACUUCCGGAUGGAAUUAGCAAAGGAGUUGAAUUGCUGAAAAGUGGUUUGAAGAUUAUUAGUGAUGGCCUUCUAGAGUGGCAGCUUAAUCAAUUUGAAAGCAAUGAACUGCAUGUCAAAUAUUCCACUCAGUUUUCUCAACUUGAAGAUGCAAUUAUGCACUUUGAUGAAUUGGCUGGGAGUGGUGAGGUAUGUUUAUCUCCUAUUCAAAACAAUUUGCGAGGUUGA